GAAAAUUCGUAUGUACUCUUUUUAGCAACAAAGAAAAUGGAAACCCCAAUUUCUAGCGAAUCAAACGAUUGGGAUCGACCUUUUACAGAAGAAGAACUCCAUGAAAUUGAUCUCGCAUUUCAAUCAGCUACUAAAAGGCUUCAGAAUUCCGAAGACUCAUCUUCCGCCGGCGAUGGCGAUGAAUAUCGCCGGAAAAGUCGCCGGAGAUUGCCGGAAUCGCUUUUUGUUUUUAACUUUCAAAAUGAAACUACUAAUUCGAUGUCUUCUUUGUCUCCUUGCACUAGAAGUCGGUCUCAGUGUAGUUAUUCCUUUCGUUCUUCUACUCAAGCAGCUAAGAUAGUGAUGCAAUACCCGGAAAUAUCAUUUAAAGGACGUAUUAUAUAUAGCAGAACUACUAAAGAAGUGGAGAAAUCUGCAGUAGAGCUGUUAAAUUUUGUUGAGGAAAAGAAGAGGAAAGAAGGGCAUGUUGCUCUUGGAUUUGACAUUGAAUGGAGGCCCAGUUUUAGAAAAGGUGUUGCACCUGGGAAGGCUGCUGUUAUGCAGAUAUGUGGCGAAAUGGGUAGUUGUUACGUUCUGCAUAUUAUUCACUCUGGAAUCCCUCAAACUCUGCAAUCUCUUCUUGAGGAUCCAACAGUUGUGAAGGUGGGUGUGUGCAUUGCAAAUGAUGCUUACAAAGUUUCCCUAGAUCACAAUGUAUCUAUAAAGACUUUGGAAGAUCUUUCUGAACUCGCCAACAAAAAGCUUGAUGAACCCAAGAAAUGGAGUCUAGCAUCACUAACUGAGAAGCUUCUUACCAAGCAGCUCCCGAAGCCAAGUAAGAUCAGGCUGGGAAAUUGGGAGGCUAAUGAGUUAUCUAAGGAAAAACUACAUUAUGCUGCUACGGAUGCCUUUGUUUCCUGGUACUUGUAUCAGGCACUGAAGAGCCUUCCGGAGAUUGUUGAUAAUAAAACAUGAAUACUCGGAACCCUUGGCUGGAGAAGGAUCUUGUUGCUAAGGUUGUUGGGAAGAAAUGCAGCCUGAGCGUCAUUUAUCUAAAGUGCGGUCCAGUCGACCUUUGUCCAUGGCACCAUCCAAUUCUACUAGGUAGGUAGAUUCCAUGUCUCACAUUGUUGUGCUAGUCUUUGUUACUGAAUCACAAUUGUAGAACCUCGCGAUAAUUUAAGUUCUCCCGGUAAUUCCGCUGUUGUAAAAUAGAUUGAAGCAAUCUAAAAGAUUAUUGCAGUGUAAUAACUUCUUGUUGAAAUACACUACUUUAAUAAUCCUUCUCUAGGAUAUCACCUUUGAUAGCUUUA